AUGCACACAAUGGACAUGACGUCGCCUUUUUCAUCUUUGCAGUCACCCCUCCUCCUCCUCGUCCUCAGCCUGUUCGUCUCUCUCUUCUCCUUCCUCCUCCUCUUCACCAAGAAUUCUCGUCCAUUCAGCAGCAAUGGCCGCAGGCGGCUUCCCCCGUCACCGUGGGGACUUCCGAUCCUCGGCCACCUCCCACUUCUUGGAUCCCUACCGCAUAGGAAGCUGCGGUCUCUGGCGCAGGCGCACGGUCCAGUCAUGCUCCUUCGCCUCGGCGGCGUGCCCGCCGUGGUGGUUACCUCGACGGCCGCAGCGCAGGAGGUCUUGAAGACCCGCGACCUUGCCUUCGCGAGCCGCGCCCCGGUGCGCAUGGCGGAGCUCCUCUUCUACGGCCGCGACAUGGCCUUCGCCCCCUACGGAGAGUACUGGCGCCAGGCGCGCCGCGUGUGCGUGCACCACCUCCUCAGCGCUCGCCGUGUCGCCUCAUUCCGCCGCGUCCGUGAGCAGGAGGCCGCCGCACUGCUGGACCGCGUCCGACGUGUCGCAUGCGCUUCGCGGCCCGAUGGUGGCGCCGUGGUGGACCUGACCCGCGAGCUCAUAUCCUACACCAACACCAUCAUCUCGCGGGCCACGUUCGGCGAUGACGGGGGUUACGGCAUCGGCGACGGCCUGUCGGAGGUGUUCGCCGACCUGGAGGAGCUACUGGGGACGGUCACGGUUGGCCAGUUUGUGCCGUGGCUGGCUUGGGUGGACACGCUGAUGGGGAUAGACGCCAAGGCGGUUCGGACGAGCAAGGUGCUGGACGAGUUGCUCGAGCGGGUCAUCGCGGACCACCGCCAGCGGCGUCUCGGCGGUGGUCGGCUUGUUGGCGACGGCGAGCAGGACGAUCACCGAGACUUCGUGGACGUGCUAUUGGAUGUGAGCGAGGCGGUAGAGGACACCGGAGGUGUCGAGUUCGACGCGAUUGCCAUCAAAGCCAUUGCCAUGGACAUGUUCGCCGCUGCGACCAACACGACCUACACGACUCUGGUCUGGGCCAUGGCGGAGCUCAUCAACCAGCCAGUCGAAAUGCGCAAGCUCCAGGACGAGAUCCGAGCGGCCGUCGUCAACAAUGGUGGCAGCCAUGUGAACGAGGACCACCUCGCCAAGCUGCAAUACCUCAGGCCGGUUAUCAAGGAGACACUUCGGCUGCACUCGCCUCUCCCGCUGCUCUUGCCCAGGGAGACGCUCGAGGAUACCGAGCUGCUAGGCUACCGUGUGCCGGCGCGGACGCGCGUGGUGAUCAACGCGUGGGCCAUUGGCCGCGACACGGAGACGUGGGAGCGCGCUGAGGAGUUCGUGCCGGAGCGGUUCGUGGGUGGCCCGGUCGAGUACGGGGUGAGGCAUGACGACUUCAGCUCGGUGCCGUUCGGCGGCGGGAGGAGAGGGUGUCCUGGGGUUGGGUUCGCCACGCCGACGAUGGAGCUGGCCCUCGCGAGCCUGCUGUAUCAUUUUGACUGGGAGCAGCCGGGGGCGGCCGGGGCGUCGAAGCUGGACAUGAGCGAGCUGUAUGGGCUGUCCGUGCGUCUCAAGGCCAACCUGUGCCUGGUUGCUAAGCCGUGGUCUCCAUGAUCGAGCCAUCUGGGUGCCGAGUGCUCGUGCUCCUUGAAGACGAGUGCUACCUUCCAUGGCUCUACCGUUGUGAUCUAUUACUUGAAACUUGAGAGCUAUUGUACCUUGUACGCGCAUGUAUCUA